AUGUUCAUUUCUGAUGUUAUUGCUGGUUUGACUGUGGGACUCAUGGUAGUACCCCAGGCUCUAGCAUAUGCUAGCAUUGCUGGUCUACCUCUUCAGUACGGUCUUUAUUCAUCUUUUAUGGGAGUUUUUGUAUAUACAUUCUUUGGUACAAGUAAAGAUGUUACUCUGGGGCCAACAGCCAUAUUGUCUCUGCUUACUGCAUCUGUUAUUAACAGCAAUGCUAAUGAAAAUAAUUUGGAAGCUAAUGUUCCUAUGGCAGUAUUAUUAACACUACUUUCUGGACUAAUACAAUUUACUUUAGGAAUACUUAACUUAGGUUUUCUUAUUGAAUUUAUUCCUCUACCAGUAAUCAGUGGAUUUACAUCAGCAGCUGCCAUUACUAUAGCUAUGGGACAAGUACAGCACUUACUUGGAAUUCAUGGCACUAAUAUCACAGUGAGGAGACCCUUUAUAUAUUGUCUUUAUGAUACUGCUCGCUAUAUCACUCACUGGAAAAAACUUGGUGUUGGUGUUAUUGUGGCUCCGUUGAUAGGAUUUUUAGAGAGUAUAGCAAUUGGAAAAGCAUUUGCUCGUCAGAACAAGUACUCUAUAAAUCCAACACAAGAACUGAUAGCUAUAGGGUUGUCUAAUGUUGCUAGUUGUUUUGUUGGGUCUUAUCCAGUAACAGGUAGCUUUUCUCGUUACAUUCCUAAGACAGCACUUUCUGCUAUUAUAAUAGCAGCUGUACUUUAUAUGGUGGAUAUUAGAAUAGUCUACAAAAUAUGGACUAUUAGAAGUCAACCAAUCACUGCUGUAGUGUUUAAUUGUUCUGCUAUGCCUGAUAUUGACUACACAAUUAUACAGAUAACACUUGUCAUGCCUCAAUUGCUGAGUCAGGGAGGCUCUGUCAAGAGUCUUAAGAGACAAACACUGUUGGGGCUGGCUUCAGGAAACCUCAAACUCAGCUGGAAUAGCCUGUUGUGCAUAGUGGUUUCAAGGCGGUUCACAGGGUUUUACAGGAAUGAGACUCUGAGAAUGAGAGUAAUUAAUUCAGUGAUGAGACCAUUCAAUCUAGGAAUGAAACCACUUGAUCUGGGAAUGAGACUGGUUAACUCUGGGAAAUCCAAGAACGAGACUCUGAGAAUGAGAGUAAUUAAUUCAGUGAUGAGACCAUUCAAUCUAGGAAUGAAACCACUUGAUCUGGGAAUGAGACUGCUUAACUCUGGGAAAUCCAAGAACGAGACUCUGAUAAUGAGA